UGUUUAGGUUGGUUGAAAAAAAAGCUUCACUGGUGAUUGUAUAACUCGGAAGAAAAAGUUAACCCGUUCAUCUGUCAGAAUCUUCAUAUCAAUUGUGGGUGAUCUUUCACUUUAUGGCGAUUUCUACAGUAAAUGUGAACUGCUUUUUAGGUUUUAAUAGUGAGCCAGCAAGGAAUCUGAGGCGAUUUUCUAGACAGUGGACUGAGACAAGCCUAGAUGUCUGCGGAUGAGCCUGGCAAUAGCUCCGAGUGGAGUAGGGAGCAAGAUAAGGCAUUUGAAAAUGCCCUUGCAACUUAUCCUGAGGACUGUUCUGAUCGAUGGGAGAAAAUUGCAGCUGCUGUACCUGGUAAAGCUCUGGAAGAGAUUAAAGAACACUAUGAGCUUCUAGUGGAUGACGUUAACCGCAUUGAAUCUGGGUAUGUGCCUCUCCCUCCUUAUGAUUCUUAUGACAGUUCAGUGGGCCAUGCUGGUGGUGAAGAAAUCGGUAAGAAAGGAACUAACAAUAUAGGUCAUAAUAACAAUGGAUCAAACCAUGGUGGUAAGAAUUCGAGGUCCGAUCAGGAGCGUCGCAAGGGGACUGCUUGGACGGAGGAGGAGCACAGGUGAAUUAGUUCUUCUCGUUUAUAUUUUUUUUAUUUUUUGUUCUUAUUUUGAUUGACAUGUGUUACUUCUGUUUUGCCCUUUGGAACUUUAAUACUUAGUAUUCUUCAUAAUUUAUAUUCCGUCACUACGUGCAUUUAUUAUAUUUUGGAACCGCGUAUCCUAUCCGUAUUUAGAAUCAUUAUUUGACAAAAAUGUUUGCAAAAAUUGCUUUCCACCUUUUGAUCAAUCUGUUUGUCGCUUAUUGUUAGUUAGUUGUUACGAAGAUUAGAUCUUCAGCGGUUUUCCUACUUCUGUGUGUUAUUCUGAAGCUUUUGACGUCUGUUGGUCAGUAGAUGUCCAUUAGAUGAUGAACAUAUCCU